AUGAAAGCUGUUUGUGUUAUGACUGGUACAGCUGGCGUGAAAGGCGUUGUCAAAUUUACUCAGGAAACUGAUAAUGGACCUGUUAAUGUGCACGCCGAAUUUAGUGGACUCAAGGCUGGUAAACAUGGCUUUCAUGUUCAUGAAUUUGGUGAUACAACAAAUGGAUGUAUUUCAGCUGGAGCUCAUUUCAAUCCAACUAAACAAGAGCAUGGAGCACCAGAAGAUAGCAUUCGUCAUGUUGGUGACUUGGGAAAUGUUGUGGCGGGUGUUGAUGGAAACGCAGUUUAUAACGCGACUGACAAAUUAAUAUCUUUGAACGGCUCUCAUUCAAUCAUUGGUCGAACUAUGGUUAUUCAUGAAAAUGAAGAUGAUUUAGGCCGUGGUGGUCAUGAGCUCAGUAAAGUAACUGGUAAUGCUGGUGGCCGUCUAGCUUGUGGCGUUAUCGGUUUAGCUGCUGAGUAG